CACUUUGGAGUAAAAUACAUGCAAAUAGCUGGACUCAGUCAGGAGUCCAAUAGUUAAAAUGACAAAGUCCUCUAUUCCUAGAGAGGCUUCGGCUGGAGAAAAUUUGAGUUGCACAGGCUUCCUUUUAUUGGCACUUUCAAGAGAGAAAAAAAGUAUAUAUAUUUUUAAAAUCUGAAUUGUCUGUUCUUUGGAGUCAGGAUUUUCAUGUGCUUAGGAAAAAGAAAUCAUGGCCUACCUCCAGAUCACUGCCCUUUUGCUAUUGGCUGGACUGAGCAGAGGGGAGGAUUUCCCCUUCAGGGACCCAACCUUGCCUUGGGAGAAGCGGCUGGAUGACCUGGUGAACCGGCUGACGCUGAAAGAGAUGGUCUUGCAGAUGUCCCGAGGAGGUGCCAAGAACAAUGGGCCAGCACCCCCCAUUGAGCGGCUUGGCAUUGGGCCCUUCAACUGGAAUACUGAGUGCCUGCGUGGUGAUGGGCUUGCCCCUGGCUGGGCAACUGCCUUCCCCCAGGCACUAGGCUUGGCUGCAACCUUCAGCCCUGAUCUCAUUCAUCGUGUGGCCAAUGCCACAGCCACAGAAGUCCGAGCCAAACACAACCAUUUUGUCUCCCUUGGUGACUAUGUGGACCAUACAGGCCUCAACUGCUUUAGCCCUGUAUUAAACAUCAUGAGGCACCCACUUUGGGGCAGGAACCAGGAAACCUAUGGAGAGGAUCCAUUCCUAACAUCCCAGUUGGCCGUGGCUUUUGUGACUGGGUUGCAAGGUGAUCAUCCCCGUUAUGUCAAGGCCAGCGCUGGUUGCAAACACUUUGACGUCCACGGCGGCCCUGAGAACAUCCCCGUCUCCCGGCUUUCCUUUGAUUCUAAGGUGGCAGAACAUGACUGGCGCAUGACCUUUCUGCCCCAGUUUGAGGCCUGUGUACGUGCCGGAACAUUUAGCUUCAUGUGCAGUUACAACAGGAUUAACGGAAUCCCAGCGUGUGCCAACAAGAAGCUUUUGACUGACAUCCUACGCAAAGAAUGGGGCUUCCGUGGCUUUGUGGUGAGCGAUGAGGGAGCGGUGGAGCUGAUCAUGGUGGGACAUCUCUAUACCCACAGCUUCCUGGAGACUGCUAUAGCUUCUGUGAAUGCUGGAUGUAACCUGGAACUAUCCUAUGGGUUUCGGAACAAUGUAUUCACUCGCAUACCUGAGGCCGUUGCCAAGGGGAACAUAACCUUGGAGAUGGUCAAAGACCGCAUCCGCCCACUCUUUUACACCCGGAUGCGUCUAGGUGAAUUUGACCCACCAGCUAUGAACCCCUACAAUGCGCUGGAGCUUAAAGAUGUUCAGACUGAGGCCCACCGCCAGCUGGCCAUUGAUGCUGCCAUCCAGUCCUUUGUCCUGCUGAAAAACAACCGUGGGACUCUGCCCCUUAAGGCCAAGGAAGUCUUUGGAAAGAAGCUUGCAGUGGUUGGGCCUUUUGCAGACAACCCAAUGAUUCUCUUUGGGGACUAUGCUCCAGUCCCGGAACCCCAGUACAUUUAUACCCCAAGGAGAGGUCUGGCAACAAUCUCAGCUCAUGUCAACUUUGCCGCUGGCUGUGCCUACCCUAGAUGCGACCAUUAUUCCCUUGCCGAGGUGAAAUCUGCAGUUGAGGGAGCAGACAUUGUUGUGGUGUGCCUAGGCACAGGAACUGAUCUGGAGAUGGAAGCCAAUGACCGGAGGGACUUGGCCCUGCCUGGGCACCAGCUACAGCUUCUGCAAGAUGCGGUGGUUUUGGCCGCUGGACGUCCAGUGAUUCUUCUCCUAUUCAAUGGGUGCCCACUUGAUAUCAGCUGGGCCAAGUCUCAUGAUGGCGUGGGAGCCAUCUUGACCUGCUUCUUUCCUGCCCAGGCCACUGGCCUGGCUAUUGCAAAGGUGCUGAUGGGAGCAGAGGGUGCCAACCCAGCUGGCAGACUCCCUGCCACAUGGCCAGCAAGUUUACAACAGGUUCCCCCGAUUGAAAACUACACAAUGGCUGGCCGGACAUAUCGCUACUAUGGGGAUGAGGCUCCACUGUACCCCUUUGGGUAUGGGCUCUCAUUUACCAACUUCCGCUACAGCAAUCUAGUCACAGAUCCCACUGUGGCUAUUUGCGGCAACCUCAGCAUCUCCGUGGUCGUGGAAAAUGUUGGCACCACAGAUGGUGAUGAGGUGGUGCAGCUCUAUCUUCGUUGGGGAAAGUCUUCUGUUCCAGUGCCGCGCUGGCAGCUGGUUGGUUUUCACCGGGUGGCAGUGCCAGCCGGACGUGCAGUGAAGGUGCCUUUCCAGUUACCUUACCAGCAGAGAGCAGUGUGGUCUGGGCAGUGGCUGGUGGAGCCCGGUACCUUCACUCUGUUUGCUGGGGGGCAGCAGCCCUUCCAGGAAACUUCUGUCCCUUCUAACAUUCUGCAGGCUAGUUUCAUCGUAACUGGAAACACUCGGGGAACCAACCAGUGCUAGCAACUGGAACUCUGGAGGAAUAGCUCAUGUAGCCAUGCAAAACAAGUAUUCACAUUGUGCAAAGUACAGGAAUAUUUUCACAUCAGAAGAACGAGAUACACUGUGGAACAUUACAAAUUUCAGGACCUCUUUGUUCUUCUAUGCAGGAUUUUUAUUGUUAUUUUUUUUGUGUGUGUGCCAUGCAAGCAGUAUGGGAGUUGACUGUUUGAGUCGUGGCUGGGUUCAGGUGUCAUUGAAUUGGGAUCCUUGCAGCUGAUGUGGACAAGAAGAAUCCGGAUAAAUUAAAGAUUAUUUUACAAAAUAAGAAAUAGUCACACUUGGGUUGCUGAUUUUUUUUUUCUCUUUGUCCCUUUGAAUACUUAAAAUUAAACUUUACAUAAAAUUUGUGUA